GUUCCACCGCUUUACCGCUACGCGGCGCUAGCAUUUCAGUGUCCGCAAUUUGACCAAUUUUUCAAUUGCAAGAAAAAUCAAUUAAAAAUCAAUUAGCUUGAGAAUUUAUGAUAUUUUAUGAUUGCUGAUGAUUCCUGAAAUUAGACCAUCCGCUUUGUUCCUGCGUCGUGCCCAACUUGUAAAAUGUAACAUAUAAAAAUUUGCAAAUUCUGAUCGAUAAAUCGAAUCACUUACUGGGUUGAUAUUCGAUUUCUGGCAAAUUAUAAAAGUUUAUAAAAGUUUCGUAAACUAUGUUUACAAAGUGCAAGUGAAAGUUUUUUGACGCGCAGUUUUGCAUGGGAAUCCUCAUUUCGAUCGAUUAUUUCGCGAAUUGUUAUAAUAAAAUCAAUAAUAAAGCAAUUGCUUUUUCUUUUCUUGAUUAAUUUAAAUUGCACGAUCUGAAUGCAAUUAUUUGAUGAAAUAUAACUCUUUUAACUCGUACAAGAUGAUUAUUAGUAAAACCAAUUGAAAUAAAAGUCUGACAUUCACGUUUAAUUAUCCUUGUUUCCGCACUUGUGCGAGUUGAACGUGAGCGUAUAAAGCGCUUUCGAUGUUUUCAAAACUAACAUUGCUAUGGGAAAAUAAGUAUUUUCAGACGUGAAAAAUUUAGACGUGCCAGUUCUACGGGAUGAACGAAUGAAAUUAAAAUUAAUAAAAUUGUGCUUAAUGCCUGGUUUAUUCAGAAAUCAGGAAUUCGAACAACAAAACGUAUACAUAACCUCCAAGCGUAGUUGAUGUCACAAAAAUUGUAAUCAAUCAUGCCGGUUUUUCAAGAAUCUUGCGCAGAGCAAAUUCAAGCUCAGACGAUCAUUAUAAUACAUCCUGGAUCCAUGUACCUUAGGAUGGGACGGGCGUCUGAUUUGAACCCUUGUACGAUGUUGAACGCUGUUGCUAGAAAACGUUUACCCGGUGGAUUGGAAUAUAAAGACAGUUUAUUACCACUGGCUGUGCCACGAACGAAAGAGUUGACACAGGCAAUGGAAGAAUCUCGCCUGCAAGUAUCUCACACUUUGCAAUCCUGCCUUCAAUCCGACGGAAGAAGAAGAUACGCCACACCACCUCAACAGAUAGCUGCGUUUAACCGUAGAUCAAAUCCAGAAAUAUCGUCUCCGUGCAGUGUCGAAUGGAUAAAAACGGACAAAGAUGUUGUAGUGGGGGAUGACAUACUAUCGUUGAAUCCGGAAGAUAAUUUCAACGUCCAUUUCCCGUACAGGAGAGGAGAGCUCAAUGUUCAUUCCGGACCUGGUGGCAGCCUGAGAUCUGUAAUGGCCGAUUUGAAAACAAUUUGGGAAUACGUUCUUACAGAAAAGAUGGAUAUUCCUUUGAGAGACUUGAAACAUUAUCGUGCUGUGCUCGUAAUUCCAGAUAUUUACAACAGGCAAUAUUUAAAAGAGUUAACAACCCUGAUGCUGUGUGACGUUGGAUUUGGAGCAUGUUUCUUGCUGCAAGUUGGUAGUGAUACAUUCAAAAAAUGUUCAAAGUACACCUCGAAUACCCCAAAUACCGAUGUAUUAAUGUUUCACUGCGUUUCGAAGGAUCAUGUGGCGGCUACGUUUGGCGCAGGCUUGGGAUACGCGUGCGUGGUCGACGUUGGAGAUCAAAAGACGUCGGUUUCUUGCGUAGAAGAUGGAAUCUCUCAUAGAAAUACCAGAGUGCGAAUGGAUUACGGUGGAGGAGACAUCACGCAAACAUUCUUCUGGCUGCUGCAGAAAUGCGCUUUCCCUUACAAAACGUGCGAUCCAUCCAAUAAACUAGACGCGUUGCUCUUGAGUCAAUUGAAGAAAGAUUUUUGCCACGUUGACUUGAACGUGUGCGGAUCUCAAGAAAAGACGUUUAUAGUUCGAAAGCCGAAGCAGCAAACCGAGAAAUACACUCUUCAAGUCGGCGACGAGUGUUUGGUCGCUCCUUUAAGUUUGUUCCAACCUGAAUUGUUCAAGGUCACUGGAACGCAUAACGUACAUAUACAAAAGAGGUCAACGGGAGAUCCAGAGGACCCGCACGAUGAGAAUUACCUGCGAGAGACGAGUAGAAGAGGUAUGAAAGAAAAUCUUGAGCAAAUAUCGGAAAUGCAAGAAGAAGCAUCCGCACCGACUGUAGCAGGAGAGGAAGAAGUGGUCGUCGAUGCUGUAGACUCGGCGCCAACAUUAUCGAAUCGCGAUCUGGAUGCUCCGCGUGAUUUUAUAGUAGGUCCCCAGCAAUUACUAGGGCUUGAUCAUGCUGUACUUCAGAGUAUCGAUCGUUGCGCUACGGAAGAUUUAAAAAGGAAAAUGUACAGUUGUGUACUGGUUGUUGGCUCAGGUAUGAAAUUCCAAGGUAUAGGCAUGUGGCUGCACAAUCGGAUUUCUCUUCAAAUUCCCUACAUGUACAGAGCUGAACAAUUGGAUAUCAUAACGCAACCAAAAGAAAUGGAUCCUGGUAUGACAGCGUGGAAAGGUGCGGCGAUUCUGAGUUGUUUGGAAUCUGCUCAAGAAUUAUGGAUUGGUCGGCAAGAAUGGGAACGAGUGGGUGUCAGAGUAUUGAGAGAAAGAGCACCGUUUAUGUGGUGACGUUGCUUGAACAAAGCGUUUUUCAAAAGUUUCGACAUGGAACGUUAAACAUGGAGUUGUGGAUUGAGCAUUUUCUACAACUAUGUAUCACGUACAAUUAUCUAUUACCGUAAUAUUAUAUUUUCUCUCUGUUUCUAAGCACUUGAACUUUAAGCAAUUAAAGGGGAGAAAACUUUAUUUUGAAAAUAUAAGAUACGCGUUAUAUAUAUUACAAUAUUAUACCUAUAGCAUAUCCAUUAGUUUAACUUUAGUCUUAUCGUUUCUGUGAUAGACAGCAAUGUCAGCCUCAAUCAGGAAAUUUACAAAAUCUAGAAUCUCUGGAGUAACAUCCACGUAUAGAUCGUUGCCGCCCUUUGUAUACGACGAUAUCAGUUCCUCUAGAAAGUUUUUGAAAUUCAAAUUUUCUGGGAACAGUUCUUCGACUACUGCAUGCUAAGCGUUUUCAUACGGUUAUAAUGCUAUCAAUCGUAUAAACAAAGUGUUGAAAAAGUUCGUAUCUUUUCGUCAUACCAGAUCAUUCUUUACGUUUCGAAAUAUCCGUUUCGCCGUGGCAUGUUCCAUGUUGUAGGUUGUGUCCGCAGUCAACUGCUGUGCACCUAAGUACGCUACUCUCAUCUUGUUCAGGCCCAGUUUUUUACUUUCCAAAUAAGAGAUAUCGUCCUUGACGUUUGAAAGCUGUGUCUUCAUAUGCUCGAAAAGUUGAUAGGCACUUUGAACUUCUUUCUCGAGAUCUGCUAGAACCUCGGCGUGCAAGUCAGACGUUUUAGGAACAGGAUAAUCCUUCGGCUCUUCCAAACAAACCUUGUCCAAUAAGUUUUUGCACAAUUUGUGCUGUUUGUUUCUUACGUCCUCGGAGUUGCACGUUUUCUGCAGAGCGACCUGUCUGAAAUUGUUCGGAAUCACAUUCGUCAAGUCUUCUAUCUCCUUCCGUCGUUCCGUCUGCGACUCCUUCAGAGUUUCGAAGGCAUCUUGCAACGUAUAUUCCAUUCUUUCCAUUUCUUUCCUUUUUUCAAGAAUGCAUUGUAAAUGUAUAAAGACGAGACAUUGAAAACGUCGUUCGCAAUUGUUGCGAGAAGAAAUGGCGGGAAACGCAAAACAUCUGGGUUUUCAUUGACAAACAGUACGUACUAGAUGGGCGAUCUCGAGUCUCUGACGGAGACCAAAUUGGUCCGAUUGGUACCUCUGGAAACCACUACUGCGCCACGCACGCGCCUCGUACGUAAAUAUAUCUGACGUCUGCUAGAAUUGAGGUUAGAUCAGUCCACUUGGCCAGAAUGAUGUAUCGGCGAAUAAGUUUCCUCUUGAGGCAUUUCUAUAAACGACCGAUCUGGAAUUGCCGUUUGUGUUCAACGGCCCCGCGAGUGACGGACGAAAGGGAUCCUAGACCCUUCUUCUUCGACCAACACGUGCAGAAGUUAUUAAAGACCUUGACUCGCGUCGAUUACGAGAAGGUGUUUGCGACACGCAGGGAUGAGACCCCAUUGAAAAUUCCAAAGUUCAAAUUCAUGACGGACGACAAGUUGACGGAGGCGCGAAAACAAAUAGGGAAGAAAGCGCAUAGGCGCAUUCAGAUGCCACCCGUUGUGAAAAUAAGGCCGAAGGAACCGGAAGUGUUGGCCAAGGAGCCUGAAUUGCAAGGGUACGAGGAAUACAAUCUUGUGUUUACAGAUAUAUCUUUCGGGAAAAGCAACCAGAGCCGAAUAAUCGUGGUUCGAGAGACCAAUGGUACGUUGAGACACGCAAAUUCCAACGAGAGGCACAGGAUGAAUCAAAUAUACUUUCCAAUAAUUGGCAGAGAGAUACACACACCGCAAAUGUUCUGCAAUCCGUACUUGAAAGACUUGUUGGAUCAGGGAGAAUUCGAGUUCAUCCUGGAUAGAGCGUGCCUCCAAUUUGAACCGGAUGAUCCAGAAUAUCACAGGGUUGCGAAAGAAGUGUACUCUUACGUGGAUAAAUUAAAGAAAUUCGACGCGUUGCGAUCUACGAGGCAUUUUGGCCCGUUGGUGUUUCAACUUGCCUGGGAGAACAACAUCGACAAUCUGUUGUUGGAACUGAUCGAAGGUGAAAACAUAGAGGAGGCAGGGCAGUUGGUGCGACUUUAUCACAAGCUUCACCCUGAUGCGAAAUCGGGCCAAGGAGAGAUACAAAACGACUUGCAGUUGGUGAAGGUUUACGUGGAACUGGACUCGCUAGAUCGAUACAUGUUGUCGGGCGUUGUACUAAAGUACGAGAAAAUGUGCAAAGAGAAGGAGAGGAUAAAGAAGGGUAUAAUGAAAGCACACGGAUUGAUCGACGAUCAGAACGAAGAAUCGGAAACGUGAAAACGGCCGUUGUAGCUCGCUGGAUCAGUCUCUAAGCCCUGUCGCCCUUCAUUUUGUCAGAAAAUACUUUCCACUAUAAAACGAAUAAAUGAAACCUCUGUACAAUCAGAAUUUCGAUGAUUAUUAAUCGAUUAUUUUAUUACGUGAUAGUUACUUACAAACAUUUACAAAUGUAACAAGUCAAUUCGAUUUGGCGUACAGGAUCGUCGGAAAACAUUACAUAUCGAUUAUUGGCUAACGUUCUGGAAGUAACUGAAUCGAUUCGGGUCCCGCUUCGAUGCGAUGCGUCUCGCGGUCGAGAGGCGUGGGGCCGAUAUUUCACACCUCUCGAGGGAGAAAUUAUUGCCUGGGGAUGACUCGAUCCAUGAACCGCGACACAGACCAUGGACUGUGAGCUGGUUUUCGAGGAUGAGAUGCGAAGUAUUGGUCAUGCAAAGUAGAAAACCGUUAUAUUUUCGUGGGAGGUAAACAAAUUCGGGGAGGCGGGGGAGAGGGAACCGAAGAAAGGCGCAAGGGAAGAAAAG